AAGUUCCUCAUCAAAACUCUACACCAUAAAGCUCGAUGUAUUUCCGGCCAUCACCUAGCCAGUGAACUGGAACACGUACACCAAGCUCUCAAAAUGAAUUGAUAUUCAGACUACACAAUCCAUAAAGCUAUCGCCCCAACCGUUGGAAAAGAACCAUCUAAGGACCCAAUCAAAACCAUCACCUUGCAGUAGUUACAUUGGGGAAACUAAGCAACAUGUCUCGGACCGUGUUCCUGAACAUAAGGCAGAUCUGAAACACGGUAGGACCAAUACCUCGGCCGUAGCUGAUCAUUGUUUUAAUGUGGUGGGCUCACGAAAUUGAUUUCUCUAAGAUGAAGGUAAUUUGCAAACCCACUGGCUAUCAACAACGAUUCGUUCAUGAAGCCAUCCAUAUAUAUAGACGCAGACAAUUUCCACCGUGAAGAUUGGUACAAACUGGCCAAUCAUUGGACGUUAUUAACCACUUGAAGUCAUUGGCUGCUGACACUUGGGCUACGCCCAUUUCAAACCUUUAUAAACAGUUGUCUUUCGAAGCUAACCCCCCUUUUCCUGAUGACGACCGCUUGUGUUGCGAUCGAAACUGAGUAGUUUUUUGUUAUUUUCUUUGAACCUAUCUGCAUGACUUUACCGAAAGACCCAAAGAAUAUAAAGCAACAAAUCCAAACAAAACCAUGAAAUGGACAGAACGGAUUCCACAUUUCCAUGACAUCACCAAGUCCGUCUAUAACGGCGCAUGACUUGAGGAAGACGCCUUUGCACGUGCAGAUAUCAUCAGCCACGAUCAAUCUACUGCUGGACGAAGGGCCCACCAUGAUGCUUUGGUUCGGUGUGCCUUGAAGACGGAGCAAGCUCAAAAAGUGUUCUGUGGAAUAACUAGGCUUGAGGAUCACUACCCAAAUACACCACGUGGCUUAUGGCUGUGUCAGGACGUUGGAAAUCAGUUAUGGAUCAUACGAUUUGAUGUGACAAGCGAACGCAGUUUUAUCGAUCGCGUGUUUCGGCUCUACACUUAAUGAGGUGUGUUUUCCGGAACACGGGGCUGAUAUUUCGGGCCAUACGCGGUUUAACGCUGCGAGGAUUGUUGCUAAGAUAGCUGUUUGCCAGGCUUGCCAGAGGUGAGCGUGCUGCAUCCGUUGGAAGGUACUAUGGUGUGAAUCGACUGUGAGAAGGAUUUGAUUACCAUGUAUGGUGUUUGGAUAUGAUAAGGGAACAUACGCAACACGAACAACGCAAAUGUUUACACUACCAUAUGCAUCUCGCCGUCCACUCGUUGACGUCAUAUGCCCAAAGUAAUCUACUGAAUUUCUAAAGAUUAAAGUGAUGGGCAGAAAGUAAUUGAUGGGCAAUAACCAUGGAUGGAAAAUGGUGAAAAUCUAAUUAUUAAAUCACUCAACAAAAUUUUUAUUUCACCAGGUAAGGCCCACUGAGCUAUGUAGCUCUUUUUCAGCAGCGACCUGGCCACAAACGAUAGCUCAAUGAGGUGUCUGAUCGUGUGGAAAUUUAUAGCAGCCAAUUAGUCGAAACGCAAGUUUCGAAAUGUGGAGAGAAAAAAAACCGGAGAACCCAGAGAACAAUCCGCGCGACCAUUCGUUAAGAUUGAACUAAAAGUAAUCUACGAGCAGAAAAUCGGCAAUCAACCCCCCGGUUAAAAAGUACAGCGAUCCCUCGCCAUAGUGCUGUCCUUUAUACUUGGUGAAAGUGUACUGCAAUUACCGUACAAUACCACGAAUUUUUGCCCUUAAUCAUGGCCCGUAAGCGUCGAGCUGGUGGUGAAGGUGAGAGGAAUGUAAAGACGGCAAGGAAAGGUUUUUUUGUCUUUAGAGAGAAGAGUUGGGUUGCUCGAUCGUCUAACCCGCCCUCCCCUAACAUCGUCAACGUUAUCUGGACUUCGCUAUCAAUAUUAAAUGUAAUUAAAAGUAUUUUUGUUCACUUAAUAGUAAAGGUAUUUUAGUGCAUACAGUACUGUACAUAUUUUUCAAGUUUAUUGAAAGCAUAGGAUGCGUAGUUAUGGGCUUCGACGGAACCUAACCCCCAAUUUUCCAUAAGCCUUUUUUAGUCUUGCCAACCACGGUUUUGCCAACUACGGGAGCUUUCACGAACCUAAACACCGCGUUUGGCGAGGGAUUUCUGUAAUCUUAUGACUCGUGGCGUUUGUUAUCCUUUGGUGCCGCAAAUGCGGCAGCCAAGCCCCCUCUCUCUCUCUCGCCCAAGUCGCGUGCUCGGGUCGCCUCUCGCAGCGAACCGUGCCGUGAAUGUCACCACGGUCGGGGUGACGCGCUUCGUUCCUGCCGGCGAAUUUGGUGGGGAGGGGGUGAUCGAAGCGAAAUGAGGACAGCUGUCAUUCAUUAUGAUCGCUCGUCGGCGAGCAGUGCCAGAUUAUUCUAGUAGCAAAAGUAGCAUACGCUACGGGCCCCACACUUUCAAGGGUUUUGCGCUAAAUGCUUUCAAGCUAUCAAUUCCGGUUCAGUGAUUCUGCACUUGCUCUAUUACAAUAGUACUAUACCGCCUUCAACUUUUAUGAACGACUGGGUGUUUAAGGUUAGCGAUUUGUAGUAUUCUCUGGCUGUAUAGCGAAUAAGAAAUAUACUAUUUCUUUACUAUGCAAGUUAAAAAUGUAUGUGUUUUCAUAUGUAAGUGUUUUUUUUUGUUUUAUUUAGGGCCCCUUUGUAAUAUGCUACUGGCCCCGCACGAGCUUAGUCCGGCCCUGUCGACGAGACACGCGACCGAUGGUGGCCACGCGGUCUUGGCACCACUGUGGCAACGGCGGAGAUGCGAGGUGGUCCGUGGGUUGUCGUGAGUUGGUUUCUUCGGCUUUGUUUUUUUAACGUAAAUAUUUUGACAGUAUUAUUGUUAUUUACUGUUCGUUAUUGUUCAUGAAAUAUUCGCCACGACGUGCGCGCCCAUGUGUUUAUUUGAGUGCAUUUUUUUAUUGCUGACAAAUUUACAAAGAUUUUGAACACCUGCCAACCCCUUAUCAACAGUGCCUUACCUUAUUACAGACCAUUUCAGACCUUCUUGGUCACCCCGUACAACUCAACGUUCAUCCUACAAAGUUCCAUCGCAAAGGAGAAACACGAACAAAACAACGUUUUUUUGCCCGUAUUGAAACGGCUGUACGUCCGUAUGGACCUGAAAACUCAAUUUCCCUGUACAAGAAUACGGGGUGAACGGUUUUGGUUUACAGCUAUGGAUUUUACGGCACUUUACUGAAGUGGCUUUUCUCGCCGUUAUAAAUCACGGCGCAACUCUCUCUCUCUCUCAAAAGACCGGACCGCGAAUCCAACCCACCGCCAGCAAAAUAUUUUUUUUAAAUUAUGAAUUGUAAUGAAUUUACUCCGUUCACGCAUCAUUAACGGAACACGCGUGGAUAAUUAUAAAUUUCGCUGGCCCAAUGGCCAAUUGCAUUGUCUCUGCGCAGCGCACUGGAGCGCUUUGUGCGCGCGCUGCCCUGCCCGCCACUUCAGUGGCACUUGCAAUGCGCUUGUUGGGUGCGCUUCGCGAUAUCGAUCGGCACUGCACGAUCAGCCGCCGUUAUUGUCGAUAAGUAUUAUACAAGUGUAUUUGGUGGUAAACAUGACUCUGGCAUAGCUUCGUGUAGAAAUAAAUAGAAUAACGAUAGUUACUGCGUACGAAAGUGUGCGUGUGUGCGCGCGAAUACGCGCGCAGUUACUUCCAGAGCAAUGAGGUGAUCUCACGUUGAGUGUGGAAUCUCAGAUCCUGGCCAUUGCCCCGCGUCUCUCUCCUCCUCGGCCGAUCGAGGUUUGGAGGAGGUGAGGGACGACGAGAAGGAGGAGAAGGGAAACCGGUAGGAGAGGGAACGAAGACGGGGAGAGGAGAGUAUUUCUACCCCCUGUCCCCCUUCCACCACAGCCUGCAAGGGGAAGGGUCGAGCCGCAACGGCGCCUAGGAAACAACGAAGGCUUCGAAGAUAGACCGAAAGGCCUACUACUACGGACAGAGACGGCGAUGGCUACUGGGAUAUCCCUCCACAACGAGGGAAUGGCUGUUGCCCUGGCAACUAGCGGGAGGGCCAUCUUCCAGGAACCAGGGGCCACAGGUUCCGCGCGGCGCCCGACGGCCAAGUACACGAAGGUGGGCGAGCGCUUGCGCCACGUGAUCCCGGGGCCCGUGCAGUGCUCGGUAGCAUGCGGGGGCCGCGCCUGCAAGUACGAGAAUCCAUCCCGCCUGCGCGCCGACGAGCAGGCCGUGCACGGGGUGUACUCCUCCUGGGUCACGGAGAACAUCCUGGCCAUGGCUCGCCCGUCCACUGAGACCAUCGAGAAGUACGACGUCAUCGAGCAGUUCAAGAGUCUGGGUAUCAGCACGGUGAUUAACCUGCAGUGGCCGGGGGAGCACGCGAGCUGCGGCUUCCCCCUGGAGGAGGAGAGCGGCUUCACCUACCUGCCUCGCGUCUUCAUGGACAACAACAUUUAUUUCUACAACUUCUGCUGGAAGGACUAUGGCGUGGCGUCGCUCACCACCAUCCUCGACAUGGUCAAGGUCAUCACCUUUGCCCUGCAGGAGGGGAAGGUGGCGAUCCACUGCCAUGCCGGCUUGGGGCGCACCGGUGUGCUGAUCGCGUGCUACCUGGUGUUCGCGGGGCGCAUGCACCCGGACCAGGCCAUCCUGUACGUGCGCGCACGCCGCCCCAACGCGGUGCAGACGCGCGGGCAGCUGCUGUGCGUGCGCGAAUUCGCUCAGUUCCUCACGCCCCUCCGCUCCGUCUUCAGCUGCAUGGCGUGGGCGCCCCCUACCGAACCCCUCACGCCGGGCACCGCCUGGCCCGCCUCGACGCCCUACCGGGCCCCGCCGGUCACGCUCUCGCAGUACCUCAUCCGCCAGAGGCACCUGCUGCACGGCUAUGAGGCUCGACGCCUGAAGCACGUGCCCAAGAUCGUGCACCUGGUUUGCCACCUACUGACGCAGAUCGCCAACAAUGCAUGCCCUCCCACACACGGGGACGGCAGCUCGGACUCGUCGGACAGCGAGGUGGAGGUGCCCGACCUGACGGCGGAGAUCGAGAAGACGGUCUCCCAGCUGGCACUGCUCUGCUUCGAGCCCGAUGCCGCGCCGCUUCCUGACUCCGCAGACGAGGAGGGGGAGGAGGAGGGGGCGGGGGGGCCCGCAGACCCCGGCGGCCACGGCACCCUGGCCCCCUGGUGGCCUCGGGGCGGCCGCGCCGCAGCUGGUUCCCGGCGGCCCGGCCCGCGCAGGUUCAGCUACAGCGACUCGGACCUGAGGAGGGCGGGCGCCGGCGACGGCCUGCGGGAAGCAGGCCCCGCGAGCCCGCCGGGGGGGGGGGCCCGCUUUGCCGCCGGGGUCCCCCCGCCGCCGGGCCGCCCCACGGAGUCGGGAGGGGCGGCGGGAGAGCGGACGCCGGGGCGCCGGCGCGAGGACGGCGAGCACGGCGUGGCCGGCGGGACGGGCGGCGGAGCCGACCCCCGCACGCUGUUCUACCAACGGCUCGGCGAUGGCGCCUCCGGGACGGUGGACCCCCCUCUCAUCGUGGUGCCACCGCCCCCUCGGGACCCCCCCCCGCCGAUCGUGCUGCAGAGCCCCAGCGACGAGUCGCAGCCCGAGGAGGGGGACGGCAACCGCGUCGGACCGUCGGGUCCCGCCGCUGGGCCCGCCGGGAGGUCCGCGGUGGCGACGGCGUCCGAGGGCGAGGAAGAGGAGGUGGCGGUAUCCGCGGUGGCACCCGGUGGGGAGGUAGCGACCACGUCGGAAGACGGGACCCGGCGCUAUUGUGGCAGCAGCAGCAGCAGCGCUGGCAGGGUGAACGACACGACGCCGCCCAUCCCCGCUGGCGGGGCCCACCAUCGGACUAGCGGGGCACGGCAACCGGCGCCCAACGGUACGUGCAGGCCGGAGCGGGAGGGCCGGGAGUCUCUGCCCCGGCAGCAAGAGCAGCAGCAGCAGAAACGUUGGCAGCAGCAGCAGCAGCAGCGGAGGAGGGUGAGGAGGCACCAGCGCCGGAGCCGGUCGCCCAGGGAGGCGGUGACGCGAGCGGACACGCCACCGGGGUUGCACGGUGGCACCGGAGGGGACGCCCGGGCCUCGGAGGGGAGUGAGGGGGACGGGCCCUUGGUGGGGGGGAAAGGGGGGCCCCGCCGGCUGGAGGUGGCGCAGGCGCUGACAGAGGAGACGCCAGAGCCGGGAUGUGCGCUGUGGGAGAGGGUGGCUGCGUGGCAGCGGGAGCUGAACUGGCGCGAGGGGGCGUGGGAGCGGCUGUGCGGCGAGCGCCGCCCGGCCGUGCUCGCCGCCCUCAUGUUCUCGUGGCUGGAGCAGCUGCGCGAGCCGGCGCUGGGCCACACCGACCUGGAGCGCCUGCACGAGGCGAGCGGUGCCCGCGGGGUCUGCCCCGCCACGCGGGCGCUGCAGGCACUCAGCAAGGGCCAGGAGCAGACGGUGCUGUGCGUGAUGGACUGUGUCGCCGGGCUGGGGCCGCUGCCUCCACAGCUGGAGGACGCGCUGCUGUGUCGAGUGGCACGCGCGCUCACACAGGUCGGCAUGGGAGGCUCCGGUGGGGAAGAGGAGGAGGGGGAGGAGGCCGUGGCGGGGGCCCUGAAGGCCGUGCUGGGGCCCCUGCUGGUGGAGCGGAGGGGAGAGGCGGCGGUGCGGCGGCACUAGCGGCACGACCCCUGCUCCCCUAAUGUCGGGAAUGGUGGAGUGUUGUGGGCCAGGAGAUGGGACCCUGAGUGUGUGGCCAACACCAGUGAAGAUGAUCUGAACCGGUCCUGGGCCUCCCCUAGGUCGACUCGGCCUCAAAUGAGUAUCUGAUGCGGUGUGUAAAAUCGCCACUUGAGAGACAAAGGCGGUUGGACGUGAUGCUGGCCACCCACCCUCGUGUGCCGUGCCGGCCUUCAUAGGUGCUUGCUUAGCACUUGCCCCCAACUGUCUAUUGAGGUUAUAUGGGGGAUCUUUGUCUUUCUUUGGUGUGGCGUUGUGAAUGCCAGUGCAUAUCUGUGUGUGGCGAGUGAGUGGUGGCACAGUGGUUAGUGCACUAAACUUCAAACCUGGACAGCCGAGUUUUCGAUUCCAGCCCAUGGUAUCAGAACUGGUCCCGGGUCUCACCUAGAUAGGCUCGGCUUUAUACGAGUACCUGGUGCAGUGUAUAAACGUCAGCACUGGGGAGACAAAAGUGGCUUGGCGUGGUGCCGCUUACUCGGUGCUUGCCGCAACGGUCUGUGAAAGAUCAGGAAGGGGAUCCGUGUGUCCGUGUGCGUGUGUCAGUGUGCUUGUGUUUCAAAGAGUUUGGUGCAAGUUUCAGUGUGCUUGUUGGUGUGCGUGCUUUAGGGUGUUUGAUGUCAACGUGUGGAGCAGCGGUUUGGGCAUUGCACCACAAAUGCAAGCACCCGUUGGAUUCCAGACCACGGCCAACACCAGUUGCGAGCAAGAGCCACACGGGUUCGGUGGGCCUAAACCCUUCGCCAGACUGCACCGACCAGCGUGAUAGAGUAUGGUCAAACAACCCUCUUGACCGACACAGGCCUGGGGAGACCUUCAUCCAGCAGUGGAUUUAUCAAGGGCUGUACAGUGUAUUUAUUUUGUAGUUGCCGGUGUUUCAGUGCGUACCGUUAUGUACGUGUAUCACAGCGUCUGUGAUCAUGUGUUUUGGCACACACGCGUGCCAUUAUGUUCCUGUUAGUGGUUAGCAUCCGUGACGAACCGAGCUACCAGAGUUCGAUUCCAGGCCACGGCAAACAUCAGCAGCGAACGAAAUCACAGCCUGUCCCGAGCACGCAAAUCGGUUGUAAAGGAGUACCCUGUGCGAUGUGUAAACAUCGGCGUUAGGGAGACAAAGGUGGCCGGGCGUGGUGCCAUCCACGCCAACCCAUCAUGCGCACCCGUUCAUAGGUGCUAACAGCACUUGCCCCGACAGCCUUCUGAAGGCUAUACGGAGGUCUUUGUGAGUGUCAGUUGCCGAGCAAGGGCUCGGCCUGUAGAGUGGGAGCCCCGAGUGUGGUUGGCGGGGCCACGUUAGUGGCGCUGGUGUCGUUAUUAAUUUAUCGUCCGCUCGUGAAUAUUCCCAGCGCUGGGAGCGAAAAUAAAAGCGAUAGCGAAGCGA